UUCAAGCGAUCCUUUCUCUCAACCCACAUCGAUCCGGCCCUUGCAGUAAGGUAAUCAUUUCGGGUGGCCCUCCAGGCCCGCUUUAUCUCCGCGCGGCCACCACCACCUCGGUCAAAGAGGAAUUGUCGCAAGGCCGUCCAAGCCGAGAAAAAGUACCGUCGAGUGCGAAAAAGCCCAACCUUGGUCGGAUAUAUGAAACAGGAUGAUUAGUCGUUACUAACCCAAUGAAGUGUCGCUCAUAUUGUCCGUCCGUCGCUGUUUAUCUACGAUGUCCGGGUCCUGGAAAUGAAAGACUCGGGCUGAGAUCGGUCUCACGGCAAAAGAUCAUGCCGACUUGGGUGGGCUUCUCUUAUUGGAAGGGUGAAAGAACUUCCCUGUGGCUUCUUGAUUUGGUACUUUCCUAUCCCGCACCCUCCUUUACGAAGGAGUCUACUUAUACCUAUUCUAUGCGCUCGUUUUGGCCCCUUGUUAGAAGUGGCUGCAUCCGAGGCUCCCACACAUCAAGCCCACCAAGGAAGUCCCUGCAAACCCCGGAUAUUACAGGUUUCCACUCACGCCAUUCGGUCCUUUGGAGAGACAAAGUGGGGGAGCCACCGCAGAGGACAUGGCGGCGCUCAGUCCAGGUUCCGAAAAUACCUCGUUCAAAAUCGCAAGGCUUCAACCUUGAAUACGUCUUCCGGGGCAUUUAAUCGCUCAGACCCUGCCAUGAAAGCAACGAUCAGCUGCCUAUCUAGGGUAGCGGUCGAGUGAGUAUCACCGCCGGGACUGUUGAAAUGACGCCCACGAUGACGGUCAU